ACUGCGCUCCAAGAUGUCAAGCAAUCAAUGGCGGGACGGUUUUGAAGAAAGAGGACAAUAUCACAGUUUGGUUUUGGAUUCGUUCCUCUUUACCAAAACGUGUUUGGAAAAAAUGCAUGGAGUUUAAAGAAAGAAACAAUGCAGGGAAAUUGGAAACAUGGCGUGUGGAAGGUGGAGUAAAGAGAGAGGGUCCGUGCUCACAUGAUGAAGAUGUCACAAUUAAUGAUGGGGUUGCAGUGGUUCCUGAUGCUCGAUCAAUGAACAAACUCCCAAAGAUGGAAGGUCUUCUCUCCUAUAGCUCUGAUGACCAAAAGAUUUACCUCAAAGAAAGAUCUCAGUGGAAAGCUUUGGCAACUCAGAAAAAGAUUGAAGGUGUCAUCGGUAGACUUGAAAGUUUCAAACGCGUGACCAAUACUAAAUUUGCAAGCGUAACUAAAGAUGUGAAAGUGCUGACUCAUUCAUCGUGCAAACAAAUAUGGAUGAGUCAAAGCAACCGUGGUAGUGGUGUUUACCAAAUCAGCGUUGGACGAAAUCAAGUGAUGAACGUCUACUGUCAGAUGUCGUCAGUCUCAGGUUGUUCUGGUGGAGGAUGGGCGAUGGUGAUGAAAAUUGAUGGAAGCAAGAGUACUUUCAGAUACAGUUCCAGUUAUUGGUCGAACAAAAACACUUACCAUGACAAUAACUAUGGAAGAAACGGAGGUUUUGACGGCCGAGAGUAUAAAGGAUCAGCAUAUUGGAAAGUUUCAUUCAAUGAAAUUUGUGUCGCGAUGAAAUAUGGUGGUCAACUUAAGGCCUUGUCCUUCUUGUAUCCAUCAUCGUCCUUGUAUGAUCUAAUCGCAGACGGCAGGUAUAAAGAAACUAACAUUGGCCGCUUGCGAUGGAAAAAGCUGAUCUUUGGAUCAUCUUUACAGCGUAAUUGCAAUAGGGAGGGACUCAACGUGUUCUAUGGCGGAGCCACUGUUAAGGUUCGGUUGGGAAUCAUUGCAAACCAGGAGAAUAACUGCCGCAGCCCUGACUCUUCCAUAGGCCUGGGUUCUAACGAACGGCCGUAUGUUUGUGGGAAGUAUCUAUCUCCUUAUAACACCGCUGGCAAUGUUGCUUCGUGUUCAUCAGACAACGGAGACAAGAACUUGAAAGCAAUGGGAUACAUACUGGUCCGUUAAAUGUACAACGCUCGGAUUUGAUUAAUACCUUUCGUCAAUGGCAAUUAACUGAAAUUUUGAGUAUAACUAGUAGAGAAGUAAAAGCUUGUCAUUCUCGCACUGAAUUUAGCAUUUUGAUUCCUUUUUUCUAAAUCUUUAGUUCAUAUAGCCUGGGACAUCGUUUACACCUGCACGUAUAAUCUCAUCUUGUAACUUGAGGAUAAAACUGAAAUAUUAAUGCCAUGUUAUCUGGCUCGUUGAUCUAGAAAUAAACAACUUUUU